AUGGCAAAUAAAAGAGAUAUAAAACAAAAAUACUUUUUAAACUCAAGUAUUGACCCACUGGGACGUUAUGUUAAUGCCGAUGAAGCAAAACAAAAAACUUAUGACUCCUUUGAGGAUUAUUAUUACGAUCCUCUCUCUAGUGUAGAGUUUGAUUCUGGCAAUAUCCUUGUGGAAAAAGAUUACGAGGAGAUUUAUCAAACCAUGAUCGAUGAUAUUAAACAAAAUGCCAAUGAGUGGAAUAUUGAACUGGAAAAAACUUUGACCGUAAUUAAACAUAAUUCUGGCAAAAAGCAUUAUAAAGAAGAAUUUGACAAAGACAAAUGGGAGAAGAUUGAAAAAAUUGAAGUUUUGGUAUUUGACGAUGUGAAAAAAUAUAUAUCUAAAGAUCAUGAUUUUAUUGCGGUUUUAUCAGGAUUAUCAAUUCAACUUUAUGAGAUGAAUAAAAAAUCUUGUGAAAUGAUAAAUGGACAACAUGGAAUUAAUAUAGAAAGAAGAACUUUUGCACUAUUUAUUUUUCUAGAAUUUAAUUCUAUUUCUUCUGCAACAUUUCAUGAUCCAUGUUUUAAAUUACGUAAAAGAAUAUUAAUAUUUUUGAUUAAAAAUAAUAUUGAAAGAUUAUAUCAAGUUUCUCAUCAAGAAGUUACUAGUUUAAUUAAAAAAUAUAAAUUAAAAUCAAAUUUAAAUAUAUUGGAAAUAUUAAAUGAAUAUGUAGAGAAUGUUACUA